CUCUAGGUUUGCCGAAAUCAAUUCUCAAAGCCCUCUUAUUUCAGACUUUUCUCUCUCCUCCUGAAAAAUGGCUGCCUCUUCUAGGACAAGAUCCAGUGGCCCAGUUCUCCCAAUAUCAAGCAAUCUCCACCGUUCGAUCUCACCUUCUGGAAGAUUCUCAUCAUCCGCCUCUACCUUCGCUUCCUCCUCAUCCACCUUCUCUUCCCACUCCACCUUCUUCCAACGUUCUGCUUCCCCCACACGUGUCAAUCUCUACGGCUCCACUCACACCGUCCGAUUCUCCAUCGACGCCCGACCCACCUCCCCCAGCCGAUCCUUCUCCGUCGAUCGCGUCAUCAAGAAGCCAGCCCCACCGCCCCAGCGCCGCACGUGCAUGUGCUCACCGACGACGCACCCGGGCUCGUUCCGAUGCAGUCUCCACAAGAACCUAACAAGCAGCAGCCACGCCGUAUCCUCACCGUCGAAUCGAUUGAACGCGCGGCGAUCUGCGAUGACCAAUUCUCUUGUCCGGAUCGGGACCGUAGAAGGCGGCGAUUGGGUCAAACGAGCUUUAUCGGCCUUGAUUCGUCCGUCUUCUCACCAGCAGAAGAGGCGGGCCGCAUUCCAUCCUCGGCCGAGCCGGCUAUCUGUCAUGUCCAAGGCCUUGGACUAGAUCAUAUAUUCGAUUAAAAUAAUCCCUUCCCUAUAUAAUCUCUGCCUUUUAGAAAGAGAGUUUUCUCCGCAUCGUCACCAUCAGAUUCCCGCCUGAUCGUUUCAGAUUCCAGCCAACGGUUCAGAUCCGAAGGAGAUGAAUUGCAAAAAAAAAAAAAAAAGACGGAGAUUUUCUUUGUACUUGUACAUAUAUUGCAGCCUUUGAAGGCUAGUGAAGGAUAACGGAAAUUAAGAUUUCGUUUUUGGAUUAA